CGCCUAACCUAAAACUCAAAAUUAGAAAAUCCAGUGACAGUGACACCACCAAUUUUCAAAUUAGAAUGUGAAAUGCAUGUAGUGGAAACCGCGCGGGGGAAAGAGAAAGACUAUCCUCCCCGCGCUUCUAUUUCGGUGACGUCGGUCGGUGCAUAGCAAAAUAAAAUAAUGAAAAGAGGCAUUCAGUAAAUUCGUUGUGUUUACGCGCGUUGCUAGUUUAUUCGGUUAUCGUUCGUUUUCUCUCGCAUCUUUCGAGUGCAAGUGGCGCCACCUGGACGUGUCCCAUAUACAGUGUAAUACACAAUACACAUGGUGGUACUGAUGGAGCUGUCAAAACAAACUGCGGAGGUGAAGCCGUGACGAUGUGUGGAGAUGUGUGUUUUUGGCUUGGUGAAACCGUGGCGGGCUCGUGAGCCGGAAAAUUGUGCUAGCGGUGUUUUUUUCCAAAGUUAACCUACGACGAAGUUCAGUUGCGCGCGAGCCGCACGCGGCGCGCGUCUCAUCCUAAACGAAUACCUACGAAAAUUUCCCGAACGGACCCCGAACUAUAAAAGGUGCGAGAUUCGAAUUCGCCAAUUCGAAACUUGUCGAGCGAAACUGAAAAGUGCCGGAAACUUUUCCACCAACAAAUUAAAAAGGAACAGUUAUAUAUAUUUUUUAUACAUUGCUCAAUUUUGUGAUUUAAGCCCUAAACUAGGACAUAGUGCCUUGUACAAACUACGAAUUGUGAUGUAAUAGUGCAAACUUAGCAACUAGUGUGAUAGUGAACUUAUUUUUGUAAACAGUUAUUUUUGGAAAACUUCUUAAGUGCUUAUGGACAAAAACUAUCGUCUGCUGCAUGCCGGUCGUGUGCCAUGGCGGAGUGCUCUUUCGUCCGGUGCCAACAGGAACGUCGCGCUAUACGCAAGGAGCUCCAGCGCUGGACCAAAAACAUGGUUUACAUACUCGGUCUAGAACGGGUGGCGGAGGAGUUGAUGGGUCGAAGAAAAUGGAAAAUAUACCAGGACGGGUUAAUACCAAAACGGAACGACGAGAUAUCCAGCGACGACGAGUCCAUGCCUGCCACCGACCCCCAGCCCGCGCUCAAGAUAAAGACUAUAGAGGAAAUCAAUGCGCCCGACGAGGCGGCGAAAGCGCCCGAAGGCAAUACGGAGAAAACCGAACGCCGAGAGACGAUUCUAGAAAGUUUGAUCAAGAGGCCUGCGACGCAGCCGAAGUUGGAGAUGGUGGAAGAACCCACGGACUGGAAACCGCCAGACAAAUGCUACUUCUGCGUAGACGGGGAACGCGCUGAACCGACGGGGGAAAGGCAGGCGGCCGGCGCGCAUAGUCCAGCCUCAGAGUCGGACAGCUCUUCAGUCUCCGGAGCGAAGAGUCCUGCAGCCUCGCAGCCCCUACUCCAACACCUCCAGCUGAUGCAGCUGCAGAAUCCUCAACUGGCGCAGGUGAGCGCCCCAGAGCAGGACCCGUCAGAUCAGGCCUUGCAGCAACAAAUUGAGCUAUUUCGCCUCAUGCAGAACCCACAGGCUUUGGCUCAGUUUCAGCACGUGGUGGCGGCACUGGCGACGUUAGGAGCGGGUCUGGGCGCAGGCUUGAUGCAGCCCGCCAUGUCGCCGGCUUGGCUCGUCCAGCAGCUGGUACAGGCAAGACAAAAUGCCGACAGACUCCCAGAAGUGGGAGAAAAGCCGGCUCCGAGCUCGUCCCCAGCCCUUGCGGAGCAGCCCUUGGACCUCAGCGCCAAGUCCACCUCCAGCACCAGUGGGACCCCACCGCCCGAUGGCAAGACCUUAGACAAUACCAGAGCGAAACGUGGCAUGUUGGAGAGCAGCAGCAACAGUGCGGCAAAGCGAGCUUACACGGAUGAUGAACUACAGUCAGCCUUGAGAGACAUCCAGUCAGGACGACUGGGCACACGUCGGGCGGCAGUGAUCUACGGCAUCCCCCGCUCCACACUCCGCAACAAGGUCAACAAAUUCGGUCUUAUCUCCGACCACCACGACUCUGAAGCCGACAGCGAUCCCGAACGCGCCGAUGAUACCCCGCCUUCAGUCAUCCUCAAAAUACCAACCUUCCCACCUCCAGAUGAGAAAUCGCCUUCUCCUGCGACACCCAUAACACCGGUAACACCAAUCACCCCUCUUAUUCCCCCACAGCCUCCUCUUAAUCCUCCUUCACAACUCCUUCUUCCACCAUCAGUCUACGCGGACGCACCAUCAUCGCAACACCUCUUCACCUCACUGAGCGAUGUCAUCGCCAAAAGUAUCAGCCAGAAAUUCCAAAUAGACCGGCCCAUGGAUAGACCACAGCCUGAUCUCUCUUUCAUGAGACCUGAUAGACACGUGUCUGUUAUCAAAACACCGCCAGAUACCAGGAGCUACCACCAUCCCGUUCCAAGCAAUUCCAAAUCGCAGGCGAACAACAAUGGUCAACCAGCAGCUGGCGGCAAAGGAACGCGACCCAAAAGAGGGAAGUACAGAAACUACGACAGGGAUAGCCUUGUUGAAGCCGUCAAAGCUGUACAGAGGGGUGAGAUGUCUGUGCACAGAGCUGGCUCGUAUUACGGAGUUCCUCACUCGACUCUGGAAUACAAGGUGAAGGAGCGACAUCUGAUGCGGCCUAGGAAGCGAGAGCCGAAACCUCAACAGGAGGUGAAACCGCAACCACCGAAACCGCAGCCUCCGAAACCGCCUACGAAGCCCUUUACAAACGGCAUGAAUGGACCUGACACUCCGGGAUAUCCACCCGGAUAUCCCUUCUGGCCGGGCGCACAGUUUGCUCCACCGCCCACACCAGAACUCUACGCUUCGCAAAUGAUGCGUCGAUUGCGCGAGGAAGCCCCUCCGCCAUCGAAUGGUUUCCUCGAGGGUAUAAUACGGUCGAGCCUCGAAAGGCCGGGAGCGUUGCUGCAGAGAUUAACAACGGAGCCUCGACCGCCGAUGACAGAAUCCUCGAGUUUACUACGGCGAUUGACAGGAGAACCAGAUGGAUCGCCUCCAGCGCGGCGUCCUCGACUCGAAAGUUCAGAUCAUCAGCUGGCGGCCGACCUUCGCGAGGUGGUGCAAAGAAUCCGCGCCGACAAAAUGCGGCCGCGGAACGGCACACCAACUCCCCCUGCACCUUCCGGACAGGACGUGCUGUCCCCCCCGCCCGCGCCCACUGCGCCCCCCGAUCGCGCCUAGUGCUACAUGCAGAGCUACCCGCUCUAUUUCCAGUGAUAACACCGUUAGGCUAGUUUAGGAUGGUGCAAUAGACGCAAUGUACUGCAGCAAGUGUAAAAAAACUUGUAAGUAGCGUCCGUCAGUUUAUUGUAAUAUUGUGCGUGUGACAGCCUAGCAGGUUUAAGCUCUGCAGCGCAUUGCGUUUGCUAUGGUUGCGCCAACUCUGAGACGUUCCGAUCUCCUCAGCCUUUGUGAUAAUAUUAUGUAAAGUACAUUCCGUUUGGAGAGGGCGCGGCUCGAAAUGUCAAGGUUUUGAUGCUAACAAUGACUCGGUAUAACUAGCACCAAUCGUGAUCAACACUUAUCCAUAUCCAGUAAAUAAUAGUAACGUUGUGCCUAGGCCAACAUUAGAGCCUAUUUCAUGAAAAUAAAUCUGCAUUCACGAAAGCUUUAUUACCUAUUUCGUGUCGUUUCUUGCCAUGUUUUAUUUCAUGAUAUAGGGUCUUGAUGUUUCUAUAACACAUAUACAUGUAGUGCAAGAGACCGUUUUAAGGACUUCAUACAUUCAUACAAUGAGGAAGAUGUUUUAAAACAUUUACGUCAUAUAGCUCCAAAAAGUGAUAUAUUUUUAUCACCAGCCGUCAAAAGCGGCUUCGAAUGCUUGGGACCUAUAACUGAAUAGGUAAAUCAAACAAGCUAGCAUUGCAAAUUUUGUACUAAAGACGAACCGCAACAAAGGAAACAUCGUUAUUUAAAUAAAAAUUCAAAAAGGGCGGCACAAAAAAUGGCAGCCAUCUUCCGAAUUGAGACAUGAUUUAUAUGUGCUGUUGUAGCGACAAUAAACUUGGCUUUUUAUUAUGUAACUCAAAGUAAAUUAAAUUUCAUGCAACCAUAACUAUUUCAUACCUAUAGUAACAGUCUUAGUUGUCACUCGUGUAUAAUUUCAAAAGUUCACACAAGUAAAGAUAUUUGAUUUUCUAAUACACACAAACUUAAAAACAUCACCAUUUACGAAGCGUUUUAAAUCGUCUUUACUGAUUUUACAGAUUAUGCAGAUGUGUUAAAAAAUCGAAUGUCCGUAAAUAUCACUUUGUAAUCACCAAAUAAUCACAAUAGUUACCUAAAAUCACAACCAGUUCAAUGUACCACAGCUUUACUAUAUAUUACAAUAUCACAGUAGAGUUUAGCACCCUGAGAAGGUUUUGGAUGGCGUCGUAGUGGCCUAUAUUUCCAUUCAUGAUAUUGAAAAUAAUAUUUUUCGGUCACGUUGUAUACGAUUACUAAAGUCUGAAGUUGAUUUUUAAAACAUUUUCAUUCCAGGACUUCUCAAAAAUUACGAAAUAUAAAUUAUUUAAAUAGGUUGGGAACCCUAAUGAGGUAAAUCGGAAUAGGGAUAUAGAUUACUAAAGACGUCAGGGUUGUCAAAAAAUUCUUGCUAAUCCGGAGAGCCUCACUUUUUGACCUUGUUUAAGUAAAAGACAACCAAAAGUUAACAUUAAAAUUAACUAUUUAAAUAUAUUUAAGUGAAAAAAAA